AUGGCCGCGCCGGUCACACAGCUGUCUCGCUUGGCGGCCCAGAGUUUGUGGAUCAAUUUUACGGCGCUUGAGCGACCUAUGGAGUCCACAAAUACGGCCGUUGCCUUAAUGGAGAGCAAGGUUCACAGCGAUGCGGACGUGAGGAUGGAUGCCCAGGUUACCUUUGAAGCCUGUUGGCGUCGCUUUGAAGAGAAAUUUCGCUUGAAGGGCGCUAACACACAGCAUAUCUUGAAAACACGCGGCCUGGACCACAGUGUAAACCUCUCGUCCUUGCUGCAAACGAAUGAAAGCACACGCGCAUUAAUGGAGCGCGGAGAACUUAUCCCCGACAGCAUGGUCGGGGACGUUGUGUUGGAGGCGUUGCUUGUCCAGAGCUGUCAAUUGCCGGAGUGUGGUGUGCUGGUGGACGGCUUCCCCCGAACCGCCAUGCAGGUGGAUUUUUUGAAGCUGUUGUACGACAAGCUGGACGAGCUGCAUGGCAUUUUUGCCAACACGACGCACCGCAGCCAGUUUCCUCGGCCGCUGUUCAAGGUGGUGAUGCUUUACGUUGACGAGGACACGUCCAUCAUGCGUCAGUUGGAACGCGCCAAGCUGGCGUCCGUACACAACAAGCGCGUUUUGGAUGCCGGAGCAGGCCAACUGUGGGAGCAGCGCGCCACGGAUCUCAGCAUUGAGAAGGCCAAGAAGCGCUACGCCAUCUUCCGCCAGCACCACAGUGCCGUGUUGCGGUUGAAGCAGUUCUUCCCCUUCCACUUGAUUGACGCCAUGGGGACGUUGGCGGAGACCCAGGAGGCCAUCACUACGGAGCUCAGGUCGGGGUGGGGGUACCAGUCCUCCCUGGACCUCAGCUACGAGACGUACGCGUCCAUUCGCCACCUGCCGCUGGCGCGUGACGUGUCCCAACACGCGCGCCAGCAGCUGGUCAUGCGGCUGGACAACCACAGCGAGCGUUACCCGGAUCUCUUCCAGAAGGUCAUUGAUCUCAUCACCUCGGAGAUCAUGCCGCUCAUUCACGAGUGCGGUCUGGCCGGCCGAGCCGAGUACGCCACCGAGCACCGCAUGUUUCUGGAGCACCCGCGCGCAGCGCAGAUGCUGAUCGACGUCCUCACGGACCGGGGCUAUCAGGUGUCGCAUUCGACGGAGGAGUACAAGCACCGCUUCCACGUCAACUGGGACACCCGGGGCGUGCGGGAGAUGGCGCGCGCGAUGGAGCUGGCUGCUCGCAUCAGUGAGGUGGGCGGGGGCGGCAACGGCUCCGCUCGGAUCAGCCAGACAUACAUACCGCAGCAGCUCAAUCGGGAGUUGCGUGGGGGCAGCGUGCUGCGGCAGCAGCUCGCGGACGGGAACGGAAAGGCCAUGGAUGAGGCAGAACGGGACGCGGAGCACGUGAUUCAUGGCUCAUAA